AUGCAAAAAGAUAUUUUAAUAUUCAGUACUUUUAUUAAAUUAUUACUUUUCCCAACAUAUCGGUCAACCGAUUUUGAAGUACAUAGAAAUUGGUUGGCAAUAACACACAGUCUUCCCAUAUCCAAAUGGUAUUAUGAGGAUACAAGUGAAUGGACAUUAGAUUAUCCGCCAUUUUUCGCAUGGUUUGAAUGGGUUUUAUCAAAAUUUGCAACAUUUUAUGAUGAUGAGAUGGUUAAAGUCGAAAAUUCAAAUUAUUCAAGUCAAGAAACCAUUUAUUUUCAACGAACAACAGUAAUUCUAAGUGAAUUGAUUUUAUAUUACGCGUUGAUAAAAUAUAUAAAUAUUUCAAAAGAAGAAAAUAAAAAGGAUUUAUUAAAUAUAAUUGCGAUUUCAAUAUUUUUGAAUCCUGGAUUCUUGAUGGGCAAUGAUUUAUUAUGUGGGAUAACAUUUGCUAUUUUGUUGAAUUUCAAACAUAUAUUUCUUUAUCUUUCACCAGCAUAUUUUAUUUAUCUUUUGAGAAAUUAUUGUUUCAAAAAUACAACUGAUAUUAAAGAAUCUAAGAAUUUUUCCAUAAAGAAUUUUUUAAUCCUUGGUGCAUCUGUAAUUAUAAUAUUUUUAAUAUCUUUUGGUCCAUUCAUGUAUCUAAACCAAAUUGGUCAAGUGCUUGGUCGAUUAUUCCCAUUUAAAAGAGGACUUUGUCAUGCUUAUUGGGCUCCAAAUUUUUGGGCUUUAUAUUCAGCUUUAGAUCGAGUUUUAAUAGUCGCUGGCAAACAAUUGGGAUUGGAAUUAAAUGAAGCUGCAGUUGAUUCAGUCACAAGAGGUUUGGUUGGUGAUGUUGAUUUUGCAAUUUUACCAACUAUUAAACCUAUUUAUACUUUUAUUAUUACUUUAAUGUUUCAAUUAUUCCCAACAUACAUGAAUUUCCUUAAAUCUUUGAUUUCUUGUGGUUAUAGUUCAUUUUUGUUUGGUUGGCAUGUACAUGAAAAGGCUGUUUUGUUGGUUUUAAUUCCUUUUAGUUUAAUUGUUAGUGAAAAUUAUCAUUUAUUACGUACAUUUAUGAUACUUUCUACUUCUGGAUUGAUUUCUUUACUUCCUCUACUUUUCAAAGCAACAGGUAAAUGUGAUAUUUAA